UGUUUUAUAUCAUUAUAUCAUGUGCCGUUGGUUUCAUGUGUUAAAGUAAUUUGUGGUUUUAUCACUCAGGAGAGGAACUAUCAAAUAACUGUUAGUAGAUUUUUGUACCGACUAUCAUAGGGUCGUGCGGUUACCGAGGCAUCGAUCAAUCUUCUUAUCGACAACGUGAAUACAGACAAUGACAGCAAAUUGUUUAAAUUUAAACCUGACAGAAAACAAAUUAAUAUGGUGGCUGUUCUAGCAACAGCCGAUAUUAUGAUGAUUCAAAAGAAUUCGCAAAUCUUAGUGAAUGUUGAAGAAGCUUUAGAGGAUUUAUUAGUGGUCUCAUAUUCUAGUGAAAAUAAGAAGUUUCAAGGUGUACUUUUAGAUUCCAAUAAGGGCAAUUUACCGUUUGGUGUAUAUAGUCUCAAUCCAGCUUUUACAAAACUAGGUAAUAAAGAUGCCAGUUCCGAUGAAAAACUACAUUCUGUUAGUCAAAGAUUUACUUAUCAAGAACCUCAAUUCGUGGAUGAAGAGCACAAAAUUAAAAAGCAGGCUAGAAAAAGUAAGCCUCAACAACGUCAAAAGAUGACGGUGCGACUACGACCUCGAAAAGUCCUGUGUUCAAAUUGCCAGGGUAUUUGCAACGAGAACAAUGAAAAUGUAGACGUGUCGAAAAAGCGUAAGCUAGAUUCUGACGACGAUACGCCUAAACAACCCUCCCAACCCGAUUCUUCGAAAUUAGAUAAAAAAUAUGCCAAUAUGAAGAGUAUGUUAAUUCCGAAACUGUCUAGAUUGCAACCAAGUGAAAUUUCAAAUGCUUUGAAGUCUACCAGGACCAGUGAUAAGUUUAGAACUGCAGAAACUGAAUUAUGUGUGGAUAGCGAGCAAACACAAGAAGUUGCAUUUGUAAGCGUUUCUGAUAACAAUGACAAUACAUUAGACACUAAGAAUGGUGACUCAUCAUUUAGCAACCUAUUUUCAAAUGCAAGAACUCUUAAAAUAUGUUUUGGUGAAGGUGAAGGCACUGUUGUAAAAAUUCCACCCCUAAACAGUGAUUUUAAUGAAGAUUCCGGUGUGUCAUGUGAUAUGGCAAGGACUUCUAAACCAGAUAUAAAAGCUGUUAAAAAAGCACUAAAAAAAGCCAAGAAGCAAGCUAAAAAAAGUGCAACUAAGACAGAUUCUUUUAAUGAUUCUACUCCAAAAUAUAUUGGUGCAUUAUCCCCAAGAAAUAAUUUAUCACAAGUCUCACCUUCAGACCCUUUAGAAAAGAAACAUAAACAUAAAGUAAAACACAAAAAAAGGAAUCGUCUAACACGUCAAAAAGAUGAAAACUCAUCAAAAAGUGACAAUGAUUACUUUAGUGAUAUUAAAGACAGUUGUUUAAAUCAAAAAGUUUCUAUUAAUUUGCGACGAUUAAGUAGCAAUUCGUAUGAAUGCAAAGAUGAUGAGUCAGAUGAUUGUGAAAGUGAAACAGUUCCAGACUUUCCUGCUAAAUCAGAAAGUAUUGGAGGGAGGUUGGUGAGAGUUUCACCUGGUGACAUUGUGUGGGGAAAGGUGGCUGGAUUCCCCUGGUGGCCUGGCAGGGUUCUCAGCCUUGCAUCUACUUCUAGGGCUCAUGUUGCAUGGUUUGCUUCAACUACAUCAUCGCUCAUGCCCUGUGAUAACUUGUGCCCAUUUUUAGAAGAUUAUAAGAUCUGCUUUAAUAAAAAGAAGCGGGGUCCAUACAAAGAGGCUGUGAAGCAGGCAACAAUGAAGGCUAAAGAGAAUGAAUCUCUUGAUCCACUGGCAAGCCCUAAUGCUUUAGCUGCUGUGUCACCACAACCUAUUGAUGUGUUCUCAUAAAUGUGAUAAAUCCGACAGCACAAAUCUUAAGCACUGAAAUUAUGUGCAUAUUAGAAAAACCGAAAAAAGGGUAUAUUUUUUUAUUAUAAUAAAGCAAUCCAUUAUUAUUAUUUUUCAUAUACAUAAACUUAAUAAUUUUAAAAGUAUUACUCUUCCAUUCCUCAGUGUGCAUCAAUAAUUCUCAGAGCUUAGAAUUUGAGCUGUCUAUUAUAUAUGUACUGCCCAUUUUGAUGUGAUAUUAAUAAAAAAUAACAGUGAUGAAAUAAACCUGUAUACAAUCAUAAGGUACUUACUGAAAUUGUAAAUACACAAAGAAGCUUGUUUUUUUACAUCUAGAACUUAUGUAGUAUGUCAUUGUACUUAUGUACACUAAUAUUUUUAAUAUUAUUGAUUACUUUCAUAUUGUUUGGAUGUAAUAUACGCAAAUGAUAUGUUAUUGUAUCAUAAUCAUGGGAUUUAUGAGUUUUAAUUUUUUUAUUAUCUUACUGGGGGAAUACUCAAACUUUUUGAGAGAUUAAAUUUUACUGAAGGAAAACUUAAUUAUAUGAAACAAACUAUGUGGACUUUUUUUAUCAUAAAUUUAUAAUAAACAUGUUAAAAUAAAUGAGUAGAAAACCAUAAAAUCUAUACAUUCCUGUUUCUGGACCAGCAUGAAGAUUAAUACAUUGCUUAAUCUUCAGUAAGUUUUGUAUAUUAAAUAAAUAAGCUAAUAUUCAAUAUUAUUUUGUAUGUAUUGUUAAACCGGGUAACAUGAACUGAAUCCAUAAGUAUGGGCUAUACCUCCAAUACUUUGGAAGAUGGAAAAUAUUGACAGUGGCAUUUAUAAAAUUGCCAUAUACAUAUGUUAAAAAAACAAUAAUAAUGUUUAUUUCAUCACUGCAAAUUAUUCAGUAGGUAACACAUGAUAUUUGUAACUGAUACAUACAAUCAAAAUAAUAGGAAGCGAAACACAAUUUUGUUAAAAUACUUCUGAAGAAAUAUUAAUGUUAUAAUUCCCCUAACAAAUUGUUCUUAAGUAAUGUGCUUAACCUCCAAGUGCACAAAAUGACCAUUAGAUUUAAGUUACCAUUAAGAAAUUUGUCUAAUGUUAUCCAUUAAGUGCAAUAUUUCUUAUAGUGAGGUUUUCCUAAAUUGUAGAAACUAUAUGAUCAUUGAUAAAGAGCCAUAAAUUGUGGCUGUGCAAAUUUACAAUACUAUAGCCACAAUGAAUAAGGCAAAAGACUUGUUGCGAUUUCAUGAAUUAUGUACUAAAGUUAUAAAAGUGGGUACACUUGAUAUGGAGUAAAAUACAAAUCCAUAUAUUUGGCAUUGAUUUUAACUCUGUUCUUAAUCAUGUCAAAACUUCUGUACUUAAUUCAGUUUGCCUGUUGUUAAAUUAACAUCAACAAUUUUUAUCAGCAUAGUGUAUAAUUAUUUAUGUUUUUUUUAAACCAAAAAUGAUGGGAAAAAUUCAAGUAACUAAUUACAUUGUGGCUCUGGUAUAAUUAUUGACUUAAAAGUAUUGGUAGUCCCUGUACUUAUAUAUUUAAUUUCUUAUUCCUAUGAUGAGGAUAACUAUUUUCUCUACAGCCAUUCCGUUAAUUUUGUCUAUGUUUUAAAUAUCUCAUUUUUGUUUAAGUAAAUCUCUUAAAUAAAUUUUUAUUUAGAUUGUUAUUUAAUUUAUAAGCAUUUAUUGUUGCUGCCUUUGCUGAGGCGCCAUUAGUUUUAAUAGAAUAGGUAAUUUUUUAAAUGCUGUGAUGAUUUUUUUUGUACACAUAACCUUUAACCUAAAAGCCUUUGUUUAAUAUGUAAACACAUCCAUAUGUGUCUAGUGUAUUAGCUACUAACUAAUAUCGCCCAAAUAUUUUUAGUAUUUUAGAUGACUGUGUGUCCUCGUUAUUAUAAUAUGGUGGUGAAAGAUAAUUAUAAGCUAGCUAUCAUGGAAAUGUAAAGAAUAUUAUAAUAUACAUACAUGAAAAACACUUUUUAUUUUUAUGAAGCCAAAGGUGUUAUGAUCUUUGUCAUAUAUUGCUGUAACUGUGUAAACUUCUACAGGAAUUGUAUUUCAAUAAACUAUGUUAGGUACAAAGUU